AUGUACGUCUACCGUUCAGCACAGGAAAUGUCAGAUACCGAAUCAGACUAUAGUGAUAGCCCAAGGGCAUUUGAGGGAGAAUCAGCUUCGGAGAGCUCGAUUGCAAAACUUGAGAGUGCCGAUUUUGAGGGCACUAAGGAAGUGGGGGGUAUAGAGGUGUCCACCGAUUCUGAGAGCACUUCAAGCCCAGUGGUGGUUGAAGUGGAUGGCUUUCAGCCGUCGACAUCCGGUCGCCAAGUCGAGGUGACCGAGGCUGAUGUGUCAGUGCCGAUCCUGGGGAAGGGUAUUGUCUGUUGUUACCGGCAAGCAGAGAGUACCAAUGGCCAGGCCGAAGGGCCCCGUAUUCAAUGUAGAUUUCCUUGA